GUACAAACUUUACGGGUGAUCAAGCAGAGAGCGGGGUAAAAGAGAGCAGGAGGCAAACUGUGAAUGAUGCUCCUGCUGCUCCAGACCUCUAGGCAAAAUGUGUGGACUUACGCUUUCGCGAUAGAAACGGGUGAUUCUUCAGGUUAGAUGCGGACGCAAAUAAAAGAAAAAAAAAACAAAGAAAGGCGACGGCUUGGCGGUCGCACUGGGGCAGGCGGCCUUUUUUUUCUUUCAUUUAUCUUUUUUUUCUCCACCGGGGCAUCAGCGACCCCUUCAUCCCCACGCUCCUCAGUCUCGGCUGGGCUCCGGCUGCUCUGAUCGUGCGGCGGUUGUGCGUGAGUAAGUCUGAGGGGCUCCGGACUAAUGUCUCUACCUGUCAGGAAUUUAAAGUGUCUCUCACCGGUCAUGUGCCAGUGUAAGGUCAUCUGCAGCAACCGGACCCUCUCUCUGAUGUUCGGGUGUAAGAAGUACAGGUACCAGGAUGAGGAGACGCCCCCCUUGGAGCACAGUCCAGCACAUCUGGCUCCAGGGAAAAGUGCAGAGAUGCUUCAUAUGAGUGACAAGAACCUCGCUGCCAUGGAGGCCAUACAUGGCUACACGCCGCACACGCAUAUCUCUCCUGUCAAGGGAAACACUCCUCCAGUGGUGGUGAACACUGACACACUCGAUGGCUCGCCAUAUGUAAAUGGGACGGAAGGAGAAAUUGAGUACGAGGAAAUCACAUUGGAAAGAGGCAACUCAGGCCUGGGCUUCAGCAUAGCAGGGGGCACAGACAACCCUCACGUAGGGGACGACCCCAGUAUCUUCAUCACCAAAAUCAUACCAGGAGGCGCCGCGGCUCAGGAUGGACGGCUCAGUGUGAAUGAUUGCAUCCUGUUUGUGAAUGAUGUUGAUGUGAGGGAGGUGACACACAGCCAAGCUGUAGAGGCCCUGAAGGAGGCAGGUGCUAUUGUCCGCCUCUACGUUCUCCGCAGAAAACCAGCAGCAGAAAAAGUCACCGAAAUCAAACUAAUCAAAGGGCCUAAAGGAUUAGGUUUCAGCAUUGCUGGAGGGGUGGGAAACCAGCACAUACCGGGAGAUAACAGCAUCUACGUCACCAAGAUCAUCGAAGGCGGGGCGGCUCAUAAAGAUGGGCGCCUGCAGAUCGGGGACAAGAUCUUAGCGGUGAACAACGUGUGUCUGGAGGACGUGAUGCACGAGGACGCGGUGGGAGCGUUGAAGAACACAGCGGAGGUGGUGUACCUCAGGGUGGCCAAGCCAAACAACCUCUUUCUGACAAACUCAUACAACCCGCCGGACCUCACCAGCACAUAUUCCCAUAUGGAUACUGAACUUAGCCACCCCAACUAUCUUGGAUCAGAUUACCCACAAGCCCUUACCCCCACCUCGCCGAGCCGCUUCUCUCCUGUGCUGCACGGCCUGAUGGGAGAUGACGACAUACCUAGAGAACCUCGCAGAGUCUUGAUCCACCGAGGCUCUACGGGUCUGGGCUUCAACAUUGUUGGAGGAGAGGAUGGCGAGGGCAUAUUUAUCUCCUUCAUCCUGGCAGGAGGGCCAGCUGACCUCAGCGGGGAGCUUCACAAGGGCGAUCAGAUCCUCAGUGUUAAUGGUGUGGAUUUGCGCAUGGCCACCCAUGAACAGGCUGCCGCAGCUCUGAAGAACGCCGGCCAGACUGUAACCAUCAUCGCUCAGUACAGGCCCGAAGAGUACAGCCGUUUUGAAGCCAAAAUCCAUGACUUGAGGGAACAGCUGAUGAACAGCAGUAUGGGCUCUGGGACUACAACGCUGAGGAGCAACCCGAAAAGAGGCUUCUACAUCAGGGCUCUUUUUGACUACGACAAGACGGCGGACUGCGGCUUCCUCAGUCAGGCCCUGGGCUUCAAGUUUGGGGACGUGCUGCAUGUGCUGGACUGCGGAGAUGAAGAAUGGUGGCAGGCCCGUAAGGUCAGCCCGCAGAAUGAGGCUGAGGAGGUCGGCUUCAUCCCCAGCAAGCACAGGGUGGAAAGAAAAGAGUGGUCUCGUGUUAACACCAAAGAGAGGGACCAUGGUCGAGACAGCGUGGGCACUCAAGGGAGAGAUAAAACCCCACACAGUUAUGAGACAGUUACUCAAGUGGAAGUACAUUACGCGAGGCCCAUCAUCAUUCUGGGUCCGGUGAAGGACAGGAUAAACGACGACCUGUUGUCUGAGUUCCCCGAUAAGUUCGGAUCCUGCGUCCCUCACACCACGCGGCCCAAGAGGGAUUACGAGGUGGACGGGCGAGACUACCAUUUUGUGUCCUCCAGGGAACAGAUGGAAAAGGACAUCCAGAGCCACCGGUUCAUUGAAGCAGGGCAAUACAACAGUCACCUUUACGGUACCAGCGUGCAGAGCGUCCGCGAGGUGGCCGAGCAACAGGGAAAACACUGCAUCCUGGAUGUUUCAGCUAACGCUGUGCGUAGACUACAAGCUGCUCAACUUCAUCCCAUUGCAAUCUUCGUCCGGCCCAAGUCACUGGAGAAUGUUCUAGAAAUCAACACUCGACUGACAGAGGAGCAGGCCAGGAAAGCAAUGGACCGAGCCCUUAAACUUGAACAGGACUUUCUUGAGUGCUUCUCAGCUGUCGUGGAAGGGGAGAGCUUCGAAGAGGUUUAUCACAAAGUAAAGACAGUGAUCGAGGAGCAAUCAGGGCCUUACAUCUGGAUCCCCACCCGGGAGAGGCUGUGAUGCUGCCACCACCCAACCCGCCCUCGCCUCCCGACCCUCACGACCACAGACCGCCGCCGCCCUUCACCCCCUCACAGCCGAGCCAGCCUCGACUGCCUGCCCGUCUGACCGGCCGUCCUCCAGCGCAGUCAGUGCUUAGGCAACCGCUGCUUAAUGACACAGAGAGACAAAUGCCUACACAGAGCGAGAGAGCACGGGAAUCGACACUAUGAGGCUAGUAAGGAUACCAAAAAAAGGAGACUUUCUUUUUUUUUUUUAAAAAAAAAAAAAAAAAAGAGGCAAACAAGCUGAUGUGUAGUUAAACUAAAAGCGAUUGGGUGAACAGAUUUUAGUCUCGUUUUACAAUAAAUGGAGGUGUUCAAUUUA